AUGACCACAUUUCGCAUUCCUGAUGUGAUUUUCCUCCUUCUGUCCGCAGUGCCGCCUGAUCGAAUCGAAACCAAUGCGGACAGCAAUGGCAUCAAGGAGGCGAAUGCCGGUGAGUCGGUGACCCUCACGUGCAAGGCUUAUGACGCUAAGCCCGUGGCGUCCAUCAAGUGGUUCCGAAACGGCAGUCCCAUUAGUCCAGGUGUCAGCUUGCUCGCGAGUCUCCCGUUCGAAACGAUGGCUCGACAAGAAAACUUGUAUUUACCUUGCCUCCUCCGCGCUGAAAUGUCAGAUGAGUUGUUUAUACGCACCGGGCCGCGUGGCGCGGAACGGGCCAGGUUCUUCCGGCUAACUCGCCCCCGUUAUCCUCGCAAAAGAGCCGGCGCCGGAAACGCAAUCCUUGUGUGCCGCAUUUGGCGUCUGGCCCCGUCGGUUUCGACGGAUUUUCCCCAGCGGAGGCAACAGAAAAUAAUGUCCCAAUCGGAAACGGUGACCGAGAGUGCCGGGUCUGGAGAGACUUUGAAAACCACGGAAAGUUCAAUCACUUUGAAGCCGACAUCCGACGACAACGAAGCCAAUUACUCUUGCCAAGCAGUGCACGAGGCCCUGGGCUCACGCACUAUGAGCGCCGGGAUUACGCUCGACGUUUUCUAUCCGCCCGGAAGGCCUCAUAUUUUGGGUAUGGACGACCGACCAUGGGUCAGAGCCGGCGAGCUGGUGACUCUCGAGUGUCGAUCCGUUGGGGGAAAUCCGCCGGCAGAACUCAUUUGGUUUAAAGAAGGCCAGAAAGUCGACAGCAGCUAUCAUCUUCGACAAGUCUCACGCGAGAAACUCGAUUUUGACAGCACGCGGACGCACUCAGUGAACUGGUUCAAGUUCAAUGCGACGAAGGAUGAUGACAAGAAAGAGUUCCAGUGCCGUGCUUCGAGUCGAAAGAUUAGCAAAACGUCGCUUUCGGACUCCGUCAAACUCGUCGUUUACUACGAACCCGAGAAGCUGCAAAUCAGCGGAAAGUCAGAAGCACGUAUCAAUGAAACCGUCCAGUUAUCAUGUGACUCAUCCCCUUCAAACCCGUCGACGAAACUCAAAUGGGUCGUUGAUGGUCAGCAAGUCGACGGCACCUCGUUUGUGAAAACUCCUGACGCUAGCGGAGGUGUGAAUUCGUCAUCGACAGUGUCGAUCACGGUGGGACCCCGGGACCGUAACCUGCCAGUCGCUUGUUACGGAACGAACGAAAUGAUCGCCUUCAGUGCGGUAACCAUGAUCAACAUCCUCGUUAUUCGCCCACCGACGGGACCGCCGGAAAUCUCAGGCUACGAGGAGGAUACUUAUUUGACAGCGGGUACGGAACUGGUGCUCAAUUGCGUCGUCAUGGGCGGAUACCCCAGUCCGGUGCUCAAGUGGUACUUCAACGACGCCGAGAUAACCGGCGAUCGAGUGAAAAUAGAGAAAUCCAGCGAAUACGUAACCUCGAAUCUGAAGAUAGACCUUAAGGAGAAGGACAAUGGGGCCGUGUACAAAUGCCAAGUGACACAAGACGCGCUGCCCAGUCCGACGUGGGUCUCCCGGACACUUCAAGUGAAGUUUCCGCCACGCGAAGUACGACCGCGCGUGGAACCGACGGAUCUGUCUGCCGGCACAGAGGCGACCCUGACGUGUCGUUCAACCAACAGCAACCCGCCGGCGACAUUGAUAUGGCUGCGGAACAGCGUACCCGUCAUCGGGGGUACGGCCGUUUAUCACCAGAGUCGCCUGCCUGGUCACGGAGUCGAGUCAGAGCUCACCAUGAAGGUGAAUCUGACACACGAUGACGAUGGCGCGGAGUUCACUUGCGAAGCCUUGUCGUUUCUUAAGUUGGUUUUCCAGGUGCUGCCUUAG